GGCAAUUACACCAACAGACGACAAUCAAUUAACGAAACCACAUGUGUUUGUGAAAAAUUGGAAAAUGUCAAAAAAAUGGAAGGUUGAAAAUCUUGUAGAAGAAGCCUCAGAUACAGAGGAAAGUGACGUUGAGCAAGAUGAGGAAAGGCCCCUCAAAAGUUCUGAUGACGAUGAAGAUGAACUCUCGGGCUUGGAUAUUCCCGAAGCCAAACUUCCAGUCCUACGUUCGAUCGUGAGUAAAGGUAAAACUGUUGAUCAUGAUCAACAACGAUCUUUUCAGGGUAGCGAAAGAGGUGAGGAAGCUGAAAAACUUGCAAUAAGAGAAGAACUUUCCGCCUUGACAUUUGAAGAGCUUCAAAAACUGAAGGAAAAGAUUGGUUCUAAGAAAUUUAAUCAGACUCUUAUUGGAGUUAAAAAGAAACCUCAGGUAAGAACUGAUUUUAAAAGAGCCAAUCCAAACAGACCAAGAGAAAUAUCAUCAAAAUCAAGAAGAAUAGAGCCUAAAGUUGCCAUCCAAGUUCCAAAAGUUUUUCGGAGUGAUCCUCGCUUUGACAAUCUCUGUGGUGAAUUUCAUGAAAAGAAAUUUUACAAAAACUAUGACUUUGUCAAUAAAAUGAAGGAAGAUGAAGUAAAAAAACUGAAAGAAGAACUGCGGGAAGAAACCAAUCCGAGACGCACUGAAAAGAUCAAAUAUCUCAUACAGCGAAUGGAAAACCAAAUUAGAUCAGAGAAGAUGCGGAAGCUCGAAGAGGAAAAACAGCAGGAAGAGAAACAAAUUACUAUUGAUGCAUUGAAGGAAGGAAAAUCCCCUUAUUUUGCAACCAAAGGUAACUGGAAACAUUUAAUCAAUUUGAAACCUCUCUUUAAUUACCUUAAUUUUAAAUUUUCAGCGGCGCGUAAGGAGCGAAAUCUGAAAGAGAAAUUUGAUAGCUUAAAGGAAGAAGGAAGACUUAAUCAAUACAUGGCGAAAAAACGGAAGCACAAUGCUCAAAGAGACCGUAGGCAUAUGCCGUCUGAAGACUAUUGAUUCAAGGAAAAAGUUGACAAAUUUAUUGACUACAAUUGAGAAUACACAUGCUAUGCCGUUCGUAA